GUUAACAUUACUUCCCAUAGUUGUUUCAACCGUCAACACGACAAUGUCGCCUGUUCUACUAAUAUUUUUAUUGUCCAUAUCAUUCAAUGAUGCUGCAAAAAUACUGGCUAUGUUCCCAGUGCCGUCUAUCAGUCAUCAAGUAGCGUUUCGUCCACUAACUCAAGAACUUGCAAAACGAGGACAUGAAGUCACGGUCAUCACACCAGAUCCCGCCUUCCCAAAAGGAGAAGCACCAGCUAAUCUUACAGAAAUUGAUGUCCACUUUACUUACGAAAGAGCUAGAAGACUUUACGAAGUAACAUCGGCUGGAAAUGGAAACUUAAUAACAGGAAUGCAAUUCGCUUUCAAUAUGUUGAUUGAAGCUUUCGAAGAUGAAAUAAAAGUGGAUGAGGUUCAAAGAUUAAUAAAAGAAGAAAAGUUUGAUUUGAUCCUAGUAGAAGCUUGUACACGAUCAGCAUUGGUUUUGUCUCAUGUUUUCAAAGCUCCUUUGAUUGCUGUAUCUUCGUUUGGAACUAUGAACUUUAACGUGGAAACGAUUGGAGCUUCUUGGCAUCCUAUGCUGUACCCUGACAGCUUAGGCAAGAGAAUUUACAACCUAUCUAUAAAGGAGAAAUUAGUGGAGCUAUGGGACUUUUAUAAAAUGAAUUAUGAUAUACUAGGUGAGAUUGAGAAGAGAGAAGACAAGAUGCUCCAAAGGCUAUUUGGGCCAGAUACGCCACCUAUAAGUGAACUUAAGAAUAAUGUUGAGAUGCUGUUUUUGAAUAUUCACCCUAUUUGGGAAGGCAAUCGUGCAGUUCCACCUAGCGUUGUUUAUAUGGGUGGAGUGCAUCAAAAACCUAAGAAAGAAUUACCUGCGGAUUUAAAAACGUUCUUGGACUCAUCCAAAAAUGGCGUGAUAUACAUCAGUUUUGGUACAAAUGUACAACCUUCGCUGUUACCACCAGAGAAGGUACAAAUACUGGUCAAAGCAUUCUCCGAGCUACCUUACGACGUGCUGUGGAAGUGGGACAAAGAUGAGCUCCCCGGACGUACUAGCAACAUUAGGAUAUCGAAGUGGUUGCCACAGUCUGACCUAUUAAGGCAUCCAAAGAUCAAGGUAUUCGUAACACAAGGAGGUCUACAAUCAACAGAUGAAGCUAUAACAGCAGGAGUACCUCUGAUUGGUUUCCCAAUGUUGGGUGACCAAUGGUACAAUACAGAGAAAUAUGAACAUCACAAGAUUGGAGUCAAACUUGAAUUGGAAACAUUCACUGGGGAAGAAUUUAAGAAUACGAUAAACGACGUCAUUGGAGAUGAAAGUUAUCGAAAGAACAUUGAAAAACUUCGUACUCUAAUGUACGACCAUCCCAUGACACCGUUGGAGCGUGCGGUGUGGUGGACGGAGCACGUGCUGCGUCACGGCGGCGCGCGACAUCUGCGCUCUCCCGCCGCCAACAUGUCGUGGACGCAGUUCCUCGAACUAGAAUUAGUUCUUACUGUAUUAAGUUUUGUCUUAGGUUUUGUUUUAUUAUUGUCCCUUCUACUUUAUUACUCUUACAAGCAUUUUAUUUUAAGUGCAAAACUGAAGAAGCUUAAAUAUAAUUAGAUAAGUAUUACAUCCACUUAUGGAAAUAUUUUAUUCUAAGUCCUGAACAGAAAAAAAGUUAAAUGUUAUGAUAAUGUAUUUUAUCAUUGUGAUAAAUCAAAAACUUAGGUACUGAUAGGUAUUAGUUGUUAAGCGUAGAUAUCAUUUGUUAUGAUUUUUUUUUUGUUGAAUAAUUUUAGUAUAUAGAAUAAGCUGUGAUAUGAUGUGGAUGUGUGUGGGUAAAUAAAAUAAUGGGAAAUCAA